UUUCAAACGAACUCCCCAAGAAGAGACCCCUCUCCCCCCACAUAGCCUCAUAGUGUCGACAUGGGCAUCCAAGAAGAAGCAGCUCUGAUUGACAGAGUCUGCGAGAUUUAUCACAAAAUCUCAGGCCUUGAAACCCUAAAACCCUGCCAAGAUGUCGACACUCUCUUCACCCAGCUCGUCCUCACGUGCAUCCCACCAUCCCCCAUCGAUGUGACCAAACUCCCCAAGAGGGUACAAGAGAUCAGGUCAAAGCUCAUCAGGCUGUGUGGCCAGGCCGAGGGCCUCCUGGAGAGCCAUUUCUCCACCCUCUUGGGCUCUUCCUUUGAAAACCCUCUUGACCAUUUGGAUGUUUUUCCUUACUUUUCCAACUACCUCAAGCUCGGCCACCUUGAGUUCACCAUCCUCGCCCAGCACACAGCCCAAGUCCCCCCCGCCCGGGUCGCCUUCGUCGGCUCCGGUCCCCUCCCCCUCAGUUCCAUUGUCUUGGCCACUAACCACCUCACCGCUACCACUUUCCACAACUAUGACAUCGACCCGUCUGCCAAUUCCAUGGCUUCUCGCCUUGUUUCGACUGAUCCUGACCUGUCCAAACGGCUGUUCUUCCACACGACCGACAUCAAGGAUGUUACAGGCGAACUAAAGAACUACGAAGUUGUUUUCCUGGCGGCGCUGGUGGGGAUGGACAAGGAGGAGAAAGUCGAAGUCAUAGCUCAUUUGGCAAAGCACAUGGCUCCGGGCGCAAUCCUGAUGCUGAGGAGUGCUCAUGGUGCCAGGGCUUUCCUCUACCCUGUGGUUGAACCCUGUGACCUAAUGGGAUUCGAGGUGCUUUCUGUUUUCCAUCCGAGCGAUGAGGUGAUCAACUCUGUUGUGGUUGCGAGGAAGUUUUCAUCAAUGGCUCCUGUUCAGUCAUUUGAUCAUCACCACCAGGGCCAGGGGGUGAUUAGCAAUGGAUCAGCUCAUGCAGCAGCAGCUGGCCCACUUUUGUUGCCUUGCAAGUGCUGUGAGCAAAAAAUCCAAGCUUUUAGUCCCCUCAACAAGAUUGAUGAAUUGGCUAUUGAGAAGCACUUCUAGCUAAAGCUCUCUCUCUCUCUCUCUCUCUCUCUCUCUCUCUCUAAAUUUAUGGAAAUUGGAUCCAUAAAUUACUUCAAAUGUACGUCUAACUCAUUUAUCUUUUUUUGCAUUAUAUUUUCCCCUCUUUUUUUUUGCGUGUUUUCAUUUUGUCAAAAUAAAACGACUUUUGGAAUAGUGUUUGAUUGCUUUAUUGCGUAUUUCAACACGCAAACAGCAUAAUUGUGAUAAUACUAUGUUCCUCUCUUUUAAUGUUUUAUUGUUAUUAAUGAAAUGUUACUUUCUUUC